GCCACCAUCGCUCUCUUCCCUUCUCAUCUCGAGGCGGCGAUGACGCCUUCAGGCUGCACCGCCGAUGCGAAGAGCGGCUCCCCGCCUCCCGUGAUUGGGCGAUCGCGGCCGACUCCGUCCACCCCAGCUCCGAGGAUGAAGAAGCAAAACGUCCGGACCCUGUCGCUCAUCCUCUGCAUGUUCUCCUACUUGCUGGUGGGCGCCGCCGUCUUCGACGCGCUCGAGUCCGAGACGGAGAGCUCCCGCAGGCGCGUCUUGGAGCACAAGCGCAGCGAGAUGAAGAAGAAGUACCGCUUUUCUGAGGAAGACUACCGGGAAAUCGAACGGGUGGUGCUGCAAGCGGAGCCCCAUCGAGCCGGGAGACAGUGGAAAUUUGCUGGUUCUUUUUACUUCGCUAUCACAGUCAUCACCACCAUCGGUUAUGGUCACGCGGCGCCAGGCACAGACGCGGGGAAGGUGUUCUGCAUGUUCUAUGCAGUACUGGGCAUUCCCCUGACUUUGGUCAUGUUCCAGAGCCUGGGGGAGAGGAUGAACACGUUUGUGCGCUAUCUCCUGUAUAAGGCCAAACAGUGCCUGGGAUUUAAACUCACUCAGGUGUCCAUGGAGAACAUGGUCCUAGUGGGGUUUUUAUCCUGUCUUGGUACACUUUGUGUGGGGGCCGCAGCUUUCGCUCACUUCGAGGGGUGGAGCUUCUUCCACGCUUAUUACUACUGCUUCAUCACGCUCACCACGAUCGGCUUUGGAGACUUUGUGGCCUUGCAGAAGAAAGAGGACCUCCAGGAGAAAACCCCGUAUGUGGUCUUUAGCUUCAUGUACAUUCUGGUCGGGCUCACGGUUAUUGGGGCCUUCCUGAACUUGGUGGUCCUUCGUUUUCUUACCAUGAACAGCGAAGAUGAGAAAAGAGACGCUCAAGAAAGGGCGUCCUUGAAGAGGGACCGAGGCCUUUUGGACGGGCCUUUUGGUAUCCGUCCAGCGGGCGACCACAGGGGAAACGACUACAGGGAGAGGAGCAGACACGACAUGGCCUACGGCCACAGCCAGAGUCCGCUGUUCGCGCCGAUGGAGGAAGGCACGAGCCGCACCAACCUCAUCGCAUCCCCGACAGAUAACCACGAGAGGGGGGGGAGCCCCUGCAGACACAGGCCGCCGUCGCAGGCGACUGCAGGCGCGCGCAAGCCCGAGUCCAGCCUCAGUUCUCUUUGCUCCUGUGUGUGCUACCGGCUGGGCCUUUGCGAAAGCCCCUUGAUGGCCCGCAGUCAACGCAAAGCGUGCCCCGUCACUUCUGUUUACUACAACUCUGUCUCCUAUCGGAUCCACAGCGGCUCGCCGUGCUCCAGGAACAACACUCGACUCUCUUCCCCUGGAAGCACACACUCGCGUAUCUUCCAGGUGUUCCCUCGAUCCAGGAGAAUGUCAGUGUGAGACCCCAUUUGUUAUUAUUAUUAUUUUUUUUACCCCUUGUUUGGAAUGGUCAUUUUGUUUUCUUUUGCUUAUUUCACACGACUAUCAAAUAAGAUGCUUGUUAUUCUUCUGCAACAUUUUCCAAGCGCAUGUUCGUUGGAAUGCGUAGCGCACGACGUGGUUGCAUGCGUGCUUCUCGUUAAGGCCCCGUCACACCGUGACGUUCUGGUCGACGUUCUCUGAACAUUUCAAUCGUUCUAUUUUUCAGCGUUCUCAAACGCGGAUGACACAUCUGGCGUGUGAUUAACGUGCGACUAACGCAUGACUUAACGUGUGUUUAACCCACGAGAAGCGUGUAACAGCGACCAAAUAAGAUACCCCUAAAAACCAUUAGCGUGUGCUAACGUGUCACUGACGCGCGACGAGCGAUUUGUCAACGUUAGACGAGCGUGUUGAGCGUGUGACUAAACGGGUGAAUAACGACAGAAUAGCGUUUUGCUGGCGUGUGAUUUUUACAGUGGAACGGGAACGAAAAGGUUGGAAAUUUCAUACUCACUUCAGUUGUUCUCGUGAGUUUGAACAGUCAGCAUUAUGCUACCUAGACGAAAAAACGGUGGUGUGCGGACUUCAGCAACUAGCGCUGCAAGUAAGAAUGCAAAGCAGAUGCAUGGACGUUCGGGAAACGCUCGAAUGACGCUCAAUGGACGCCAAAGGACGUUCGUUUGACUUUAGUUACACGCCGUGUGCGCUAGGGGAUUGUUCAGUGGGCGUUGACAGGUCGCCAGUGAGUCGUUCACUGCAAAGCAAACGAUUAAGUAACAACCACGUAAAGCUCGAUUUACGACUGACUAACGAUAGCCAAACGCGUGCAACGCUCGGCGAACGUUAGUAAAACGUUCCACGAACGUUCUUGAACGUUCUGCAGCGUUUAAAAUUAAACAUUGAUGAACGCUGGUCUCCGUGAGAACUUUUGUGCAUGUUCAAAACUUUUUUUUCCGUACCAACGUUUCCUCAAACGCUAUAGAACGCUGUCCAGGACGUCAUGGUGUGACGAGGCCUUUACAUACGGAAUAUCUUCUAAUCCGCAAUCAAGACCAAAGUGGUUUCUCUUCACCGUAGCAUGACGCUAAAUAGGAUCACCCAAAAACUCCCGUGUAAGAAAACAGCUUUCAGGAUGACGCCGUGCGCUCUGCAUCGUCGCGCACACCGACCACGACGACACACAUGCGUCCGACGGUCUUACAAUUUCAAGCGUGUUUCAACCACAAAUAUUAUUUCAGAAGUCGUAAAAAUGAAUUAUUUGCACUCGUAUUGAAUGUCGUUAGACUGCACCUAUGAUUUGACCUGCACGUGUAUAAAUAUUGUGGGGGGGGGGAAAGCCUUAAUGAACUUUGA